AUGGUCUCCAUUAUAUGCGCAGAGAGGGACUAUUUUUAUGAACCUGAUAACGCAACAUGGGACAAGGCUAGGCUUAACUGUCAGGAAUGUUAUAAAGACUUAACCACCAUCACCCCAGCAAAUGCCGAGAUUCUCGGUCUGAACCUUACCUCAGACUACUGGAUCGGCCUGCGCCAAAACAUAAAUGGUUCAAAAUUUUGGUCACGGUGGGCUAACGGUGAGCCUGUCCUCUACCAGAACUGGUAUCCUGGUCAUCCUGUCCCAAAGAAAAAGCCAGAGCCACAGCCCACAUGUCCAACCCCACCAGCAAUUAACAAUACAAAGAUAGAGGUGAUGCAGUGCCCAGCCUUCACAAAACUCUGUGCCUGUCUCAAUUCGUCUGAUGACAAUGAUAAUUAUUUGACUUGGGAAACAAAUAACAGUUCAGUGAUGUGGUGUCCAGCCUUGGCAGAGCUCUGUGCCUGUCUAAAUUCAAGUAGGGAACCUGAAACUUCCAUUACAGAAUCCACAACGGUGUUCACCACAUCAAAUUUUGUUACAAGCCCAACUCCAACGACGCUUGCACCUACCAGCUCCCCUGCAAGUACCAUCAGUAAUGACUUAGAGCCUGAAUAUAUUGAGGAUUCCUGUGUGGCCCUGCUCAGCUUUGGUAUGUGGCAGGAAAAGAAGUGCAGUGAAGCCUUGCCCUACAUCUGUUAUGAUGAACGAUUUUAUGGUGAUGUGGCAGUCUCUAACGAGACAACAACUGGAGGUAAUCUGAGUUGGAGUGAGGCAGGCAUAAACAUUUCUCAGUACAAAAUAGAGAUCAAUGGAAAUCAUACAGCAAAUGUUACAAGUGAGACAAGUUACAACAUGAGUGGCCUGGAUCCUGGAAUGUUGUACAGAGUGCAGGUAAUCCCCGUGAAGUGUGGCCGGGACCUCAACGCUCAGAAUAUCUCCUUCUACACUUUGCCGGAAAAGAUAAUAAAUCUCAUGAUAGUGAGUGUGGGAACAGAAGUAAUUAGCCUCAGUUGGAACGCAUCACGUGGAACUAAUGUAUCCUACAUAGUAAAUACUGAGCCGGGAAAUGUAAAUACAACUUGCCUUUCAAAGACUUGCAGUAUAAACAAACUAACACCAGGACAAAAGUACAAUUUCACAGUUAGAGCUGUGGUCAAUGUAAGCAUUUAUGGAGACUCGAACAGCACCACUGCCUGCACCAAGCCUUCUAAAGUGGGGAACCUUACUUCUUCAAACAAUGAAAACGACACCAUAUAUGCAACGUGGGAUUCACUUGAUGAAAAUAGCAUGCUAUACAACUAUACCAUUACUCUAACCAAUACAUCGUUUACAAACACAUAUAUAGCAAAUGCUAAUAAAAGUAAACGUUUGGAAUCCCUCACACCUGGUACCAAAUACACAUUAAGUGUGUUAGCAAUAGAACCAAAUUGCAAAAACAAAGGAGAAACAACUUCCAUCGGUGCCUAUACAAUACCAAAGCAAGUGGACAAACUUGAACUGGAGAGUACAAAUAACAGUAUUACUGCAAAAUGGGCCCUUACAACUGGAAAUUUUGCUUGGUUCAUUGUGAAUAUCUCUAGCGCCAUGAGUGAGAACAUCUCAGAUCCUGUCAAAACAACCGAUUAUACAUGUAAUUUCACAUCUCUGGAAGCAGCAGCAUUGUACACUGUUACUAUCCGUACUUAUGUGGCGGAAGACCUGAAGCCAAGUCAUCCAGUCAGUAUAUCAAUUUAUACCAGACCCACUUCACCUGGUAAAGCCAGUGUACAAAGCUUAAACAAAACUGCAGUAUAUUUAAGUUGGGGAAUUCCAGCGAACUCAGAAAAGGUUAAAAACAUUAAUUACUCAGUUACAUAUACUUCUGAUUUUUGGCAUAAUACUGGAAACCUGAACUUAAUUGGAAACACCUCUGUCACCAUUGAUGGAUUAAAAUCUGGGACCAAGUAUAAAUUUAGCAUCAGAGUUCUCGCUGGAAAUUUGUCAAGUGAGCCCUCUGAGACCACCGGAUUAACAGAGGCCACAAUUAGAAAUCUAAGCAUUGCAAUGCUGUGUUCCUCUUCCACUCAACUUUACUGCAUGGAAAACAGCACUAUGCAUUCUGUCCUAGAAGAGCUGAAAAAUCUUACUCGCCGCAACUUUGAGGAUAAUGUUUUCUGGAACCUUACUUUGAGGGAAAAAAAGUGAUGUAUAUAUAAGGCGAGAAUGCACAAAAUAUGUUUCAAAUGUAUGCAACACGAUAAUUUUGCUUCUCUAAUAUCAGCUUCAUAUGUCUUAGACUUAUCAAAGCAUUGUUGUACACAGUAAUCAUUUAUGUACCUACAUACCUACCUACAUUUAUGUAACUACUCAUAAGCUUUAUAUUUGUUACAGGGCAUAAUCCUUUAGGUCUCUCAUAAGUACAUACUAACGAUUAUUCUUUCUCAGCUAUGUAAAAUAAUCAAAGAAUAAUGUAGCUGAUUGUGCUUUAUAAACUUAUUGAAACCUAGUGGAAUGGGGCUCUCUCAAUAAGAUAAAAGAAUAAUUUUUGAUAAUUUUUAUCACUUUUAUCAUUAGCCUAAUAUAUAAUUAGAAGUACACAUAAAGAUUUGAGUUAUUCUCACUGUUAAUAACCAAUAUAUCAGAUCAUCUGGCUCUUACCAUAGCUUCACAAUCAAUAUUAAAUAUCAUAUGGCUUAGAGUAGGCCUACUUAAGCAGUUGUUAAUAAAGUAAAGGAGUAAAUUGUAGCUGUAACUUCAGGCUUGCUAGCGUUUACUUAGGACAUUUUUUUCACAAUUAAUUUAUUUAAAAUUUUUGUGUCAAUUAUAUUUCACGUUGGACUAUUUUCACGUGUGAAUUUUGUCACAUCUUCAUUUCUUUUCAGAUAUGAUGAAUUCUUUUUCCACAUGUGAUCACAUUUUGUUUACAUGAUGUCACAUGCAUUUACUUCAUGUUCAUAUGCAUUUUCAGCAUAACAUGUUGAAUAAAAUGCAUUUUCACAUGUUUUUCUUCAUGCUUUUAGGCUAUAUACACUAUAUGGCCAAAUGUUUGUGGACACCUGACCAUCACACCUAUAUGUGAUUCUUGAACAUCCCAUUUCAGAUUUAGUCCCUUUAGCUGUUGUAAUAACCUCCAAUCCUCUGGGAAGGCUUUCCAGUAGAUUUUGGAGUGUGGCUGUGGAGAUUUCCUAAUCCAUCCAGACAAGCAUUAGUGAGGUCAGGCACUGAUAUCGAGUGAGCAGGCCUGGGGUGCAGUCAGUGUUCCAUACUUUUGGCCAUAUAGGGUAUUACCUACAUGUGAAAAAGUUAUAUAACUAGUUGGUAUGUUGUAGUUGCAAUGUUUCUUAAAUUCUGAACGUUGAAUUUUACAUUUUACAUUGUAGAUAUGCCUAAUUGUCUUCAAUCUGGGUGUAGUUAAACUUGCCCCUCAAACUUUUAUCUUCAUUCACUCUCUGGACUCAAAGACUCUGUAUAUCCCACUGAAAAAUCUGUGUAUCCAUUCAAUCCAUAUCCUUUUUGAAAAAACAAAUAUGAAACGCUAAAAAUGACUUCUGAAUGUAUCAAUUUAUUGCCUUGGCUAGGAAUUUACAUUAAACAGCUUUUUUUGUGAACAACCAAAACGUGAAUGUGAAGUUUUAAUA